UAGGAGAAAUGAAAUACUAUUAUUCUUCUGAAGUGUAACCAAUGGAAAAAAUCAACAAUAUUUUUAGUAAACAAAAACAGAAGUUGGGAAUGACGUGGGCAAGAGAGUCAGCGAGAGCCACCUGAAAAAAUGUCAACCAAACAUUAAUCGGAUGUCUUCACUCUCUUCAUAAAUAGUUAACGAAAACCCUACCAGAAAAAAAUAUCCAAUUUAAAUUGAUAAAUAUUUAUAACUAUAAGUAUCUCUCUCGUGUGGAUCCUCAUCAUUUCAUGUAACCACAAUCUGAGAAGACACAACAAAUUAAGAUCCAACAUCAAUACACACACAUAUAUAUAUAUAUAGUGAGAAAAAAAAAAGCUAUGGGAGAUCAUCAUGAUUUCAUCAACUCAGGAAGCUGGUGGAAAGUAUCUUCUUCUUCUUCACCAUCUUCUUCAUCUUCCAUGAGAGCAAGCUCUAUUGAAUCUGGUGGUUCUGCUGUUUUCCAUGAUCAUAAGCUUCAUCAUCAUCAUGAUCAUUCUUUAGCUACUACUGAUCAUCAUCUUCAGAUGAUUGGUUUAGGGCUUUCUUCACAAUCACCUGUUGAUCAAUGGAACCAAUCUCUCUUACGAGGGGAUAGUAAAGCGGAGACAAGCUUUGGUGUGAUGCUUCAAGAGAAUCUCAAUUUAGAUGCGAGUUCAAACGCAAACGCUAACACAACGUCAUCCACAUCUUCUUACCAGCUGCAAGAAUCUGAUUCCUCUCACCAGCACCAAGCUUUGUGGCGAGAUCCACAAAGCGAUUUCAAACCGCAGAUUUUAACGAGUGGUGGUAAUCGCGGGUUUUUCUUAGAUCAUCAAUUCAGCCCUCAUGGGAGCUCAAGUACCGACAGUAGCACAGUGACAUGUCAAGGUUUCGCUGUUGACAACUCUUCCAACACCAUGUACGCAGCAACAACGACAACUCCUAAUUCAUCUUCCGGUAUGUUUCAUCAUCAACAAGCAGGUGGUUUUGGCUCUUCCGAUCAACAACAGUCGAGGAAUCAGCAGCAGCAAUCUCUCGCCUAUUCUCAGUUUGGAUCAUCCACCGGAAACUAUGAUCAAAUGGCGUCAGCGUUACCAUCGACUUGGUUUUUAAGAUCUUCUCCACCAAAACCACACAGUCCUUUGAGAUUCUCUAACAACGCAACGUUUUGGAACCCUGCGGCUUCCGGAAACGCCGGUCCUCCUCCUCCUCAUGACGCGUCUUCUAACUUUUUCCCGGCGUUACAACCGCCGCAGAUUCACCCGCCGAGUUUUGACGAACAACCAAAGAAUAUAACGGAGAUUCGAGAUUCGAGUAGCAGCGAAGUAAAGAGAGGAGGAGGCCAUCAGCAGCCGGCGGCGAAAAGAGCUAAGAGCGAAGCAGCGUCUCCGUCACCAGCUUUCAAGGUGAGGAAAGAGAAAAUGGGGGACAGAAUCGCUGCGCUCCAACAAUUGGUUUCACCUUUCGGAAAGACUGAUGCAGCCUCAGUGCUCUCUGAAGCCAUUGAAUACAUUAAGUUCUUACACCAACAAGUUUCAGCUCUGAGCAACCCAUACAUGAAAAGUGGAGCCUCUUUACAACAUCAACAGAGUGAUCAUCCCACAGAGCUAGAAGUAUCAGAAGAAGCAGAUCUUAGAAGUCGAGGUUUAUGCUUAGUGCCAGUUUCAAGCACAUUUCCAGUGACACACGAUACUACUGUAGAUUUCUGGACUCCUACAUUUGGUGGGACUUUUAGAUAGAUAUAUAGACGAAAAAUCGUAUAUUAGAUGUUGGUUGACGUACGUAUCUUUUUAACUUAUAAUAUAUACGUUGAUUGCUGAUAAGAAUCACCGCAUUUUUAAACGAAGAGGAAGAUAAGUUAAUGGACAAAUGAAACUUGCUGUCCAUUUAUAUUUCUUAUACAUAGAACUAGUUAAAGAUAAUGUGUAAUUGAAGAACCAUGCAUAGCAAUAUAAGAGCUAUUGAGAUUUGACAUGUAAUUUUUUUACAAGAUCAAUUCCAAACAUAUAUCUAAAGGGAACGUUUUUUGGGGGUUGCAA